UGCACCGCGCGGGUCAAGAUGGAAGAAACCAGCUGCAGCAGGAGAACAAUGUUUGGGCUGUAGAUUUUUAAAAACGGAGCCUCUGGGGGUAAAAUAAGCGAGCCGCCGCUGCGGAUCAUGGUCCUGCACCGGAUAAACUUGAUUUCUGCCCCUUAGUCUUCCUGCCCACCAGCCAUCAGUAUGAACAUCAUUCAAGAUAAACUAGGGAAUGAGUUCCUGCGCUCCAACGGGAGCAUGGACUCCAACUUUGGAGCCGGCAUGAUAAUGUUCAGCCAUCUUCCUCCGGUAACCAGCUUCACCCGGCUGUCGGCCCACUCCGUCAUGCAGGAACUUCCACCUCAAGAUCUGAUCCUGAAGAAGGAGCGGGAGUCUCCUGACUGCAGCAUGGGCUCCCAGGGCUGCCUCCAAGGGGGAGACUUUGUUCAUGCCAUGGGCAUCAAACAGGAGAAGCAGUCAGAGCACGAUUACCGCCUGCCGCUCUACCCUGGAGGGCUGGGGAAGAGCGGGGAGCUGGUGACUGUUGGUAACGACCAGAAGCUGCUGGUGUGCGACCUUAACAUUGGAAAUCUGUCAAAUCAGUUGGAAAAAGAGGCCAGUUGGAGGAAAGGUCGGAGGUCAAACAGUGAUGGGCAUGAGGGUAAACCUAAAAAGAAGAAAAGUGAGGCAAAGCAUUCUAUGAUGGCUGCAGACGGUGGCGGCCUGUCUCCAGGAACAAAGCCUCACAUCUGUGAACACUGCAAUGCAUCCUUCAGAAGCUCCUAUCACCUGCGCAGACAUGUCCUCAUUCAUACAG